GUCCCCGUCUCCGGGGGGCGUGUCCGUGGGCGUGUCCCGGCGAUGGCGGCGGCUCCGCGGUGGCGGGAGCGGCUCUUCGCCCUUUACUUCCUCUCGCACAUCCCGAUCACGGCCCUGAUCGACCUCCAGCCGCUGCUGCCCGCCGGGAUCCCCCCGCGGGCCCUGACAGACCUGUUGCAGCAGUAUGCAACUGCCUUCAGGGACCCCAUGAUGCUGCAGCCCCCGGAGUGGUUCAAGGCCUUCAUCUACUGUGAGGCCUUUCUGCAGCUGCCGUUCUUCCCCGUCGCCGCCUACGCCUUCCUCAAGGGUGGUUGCAGGUGGAUCAGGACUCCUGCCAUUAUCUACUCCACCCACGUGGCCACCACUCUGUUUGCCAUCCUGGCCCACAUCCUGUUCCACGACUUCUCCAAGUCGGAGCACGUGGGCCCUGAGACGCUGCGUGAGCGCCUCGUUCUGCUCUCUAUAUACCUGCCCUACCUGCUGAUCCCCCUCCUGAUCCUGUUCACCAUGCUCUGCAACCCCCACUACAAACACGUGGAGAAGAGAAAAAGGAAGUAGCCCCCUCUGGAAGUCGUACCCACCACUCCUGCCCUGGAUUUGGUUCCAACCCUGCGCUCACGGAGUCCUGUGGGACAAACAUCCCUCUGGUGUUGGCUGCAGCAGCUCCUGCCAGGGCACUGGCUGCUGCCAGGGAAAAUGGAAUUGGUUUGAGUGCACAGCUCUGCUCCCACCACAAACAGCUCUGCCAGAGGCUGGGCCAGAGACCCCCGGGGCCUCUGGGGUGGGGUCUGUGCGGGGCCUCUCCAGGAAAAUGGACUCGUAACCCUUGAUGUGUAACUGUGAGGGCAACGCUCACACUGCAGCUGGUAUUGUUCUUCCGAGUUCCCCUUCUCCAAGAUGACUGUUUGGAAACCACUAAAGUAGGAAAUCUGUCUUCCAACAGCAUAUUCUGCAGACUCCCCCAAUGAUUACACCCAGAUUUGCAAAGCUGUGCUUCUGAAACGUUUCCAAUCAUAUCCUGAUUCUUAACUUCCUCACCCCUUCCUCUGAAAUUUCCCUGCCUUUGCUCUGCUUCAUUUUGAUUAAUUAAUGUCUGAUCGGUGGUAAAUGUGCCAAACUCUGGAUUUAUGAUACUUAAAGUUACCUUUGAGAAUGAGGAAUAUUGCCUAGAGGAUUUUGAAGUACUUCAGGAAUUGUAAACAAGGAAUUGCAAAUUUCUCGCUUCCCUGAAAUCAUUUAUAGUAUGGAAAUAAAUAACUACCUGCAAUAA